UCUCUCCCCCUUUCUCCUCCUCGCGGUCCUUGCCAGAUGCUGCGCAGCAAUCACUGAUUCCCCAUCACCAAUUCAGCUGGGUGUUCGUUUCAUCCCCGUGGCCUGCGGUGGUCGUAGCGUCUCCGAGGCCUCGGGCUCCCGUCGGCUCCCCGUGGCCCCGAGUUAUAGUCGGGACCCCUCGGCCGCGGGUGAUAGUCGGGUCUCUACGGGGCCGGGCCGUCGGGUCGGAUCAGGCCUCGGUGCCGUCUCAGGGUGCCCCGCAAGUCCGCAGGCAAGAUGAACAUUCUGGCGCCGGUGCGGAGGGACCGCGUCCUGGCGGAGCUGCCCCAGUGCCUGAGGAAGGAGGCCGCUUUGCACGUGCGCAAAGACUUCCACCCCCGCGUCACUUGCGCCUGCCAGGAGCACCGGACAGGCACCGUGGGAUUUAAGAUCUCCAAGGUCAUUGUGGUGGGGGACCUGUCAGUGGGGAAGACUUGCCUCAUUAAUAGGUUCUGUAAAGACACCUUUGAUAAGAAUUACAAAGCUACAAUUGGAGUGGACUUUGAGAUGGAACGAUUUGAAGUGUUGGGUGUCCCCUUCAGUCUCCAGCUUUGGGACACUGCUGGUCAGGAGAGGUUCAAAUGCAUUGCAUCAACCUACUACCGUGGAGCUCAAGCCAUCAUCAUUGUCUUCAACCUAAAUGAUGUGGCGUCCCUGGAACAUACCAAGCAGUGGCUUGCUGAUGCGCUCAAGGAGAAUGACCCUUCCAGUGUGCUUCUGUUCCUCGUGGGUUCCAAGAAGGACUUGAGUACUUCUGCUCAGUAUACACUAAUGGAGAAAGAUGCUCUCAAGGUGGCCCAAGAGAUUAAGGCUGAAUACUGGGCAGUCUCAUCUCUCACUGGUGAGAAUGUCCGAGAAUUCUUCUUUCGUGUGGCAGCAUUGACAUUUGAGGCCAAUGUGCUGGCUGAGCUGGAGAAAUCGGGGGCUCGGCGCAUUGGAGAUAUUGUCCGCAUCAAUAGUGAUGACAGCAACCUCUACCUAACUGCCAGCAAAAAGAAGCCCACGUGUUGUCCCUGAGGGAUGAGAAGACUGUCCAGCGACUGCCCAUCCCUGGGGCAUUGUAUCCCCCUGACCCACAGAGCUUGACCCCUGGACAUUCACACAAACUGUCUCUAGACCAAAGAGCUGCCCCUUAAUGGCAGUACCCCUCCAGAGGGGUAGCUGGGACCAUGUUAGUUACUACCUGCUCCCCAGGCACCAUGCCAAAGACUGGAUCCCCUUACUCUUCUGGGGGCUCUCCAGGGUGUCCAGCAGUGGGGAGUGGGGCAGCAUCUCUGCUGCUUUUGCUCUGCCUACUGGGCCCUUUGGGUAUGAGGAUGCCUAAUGAUUUCAGACUUAUACUGUGCCUUAUGCAUUAAAAUCUCUUUGUUAUUAGCAUUU